AUGGAAUUGCCGGUAAAAGCACCGCGUUCCAGUGGCCGGAAAGUUUCAUAUAGAAUAGAAACCAAAAAUUUGUGCUCCACAUUCCAGAGCCAGUUUGAUGAGUUGAAUUGGCUUUGGCUUUAUUGUGGCAAGACACCAAAACAAGCUUCCAGGUUCAUUCUAAGGGAUGUGAAUUGUGAAGCUAAGCCCGGAGAGAUCACCGCGAUUGCCGGCCCUAGUGGGGCUGGUAAAACAACAUUGCUAGACAUUCUUGCAGGGACAAUAUCACCGGGUAAAGUGUCCGGUCAGGUCCUCGUUAAUGACCGGCCUAUGGACGGUGAAUCCUUUCGGAGAAUAUCAGGGUAUGUCACCCAAGAAGAUGCUCUGUUCCCACUACUAACCGUUGAAGAAACACUCAUCUAUAGUGCUCUUCUGAGGCUACCUGGUGGGAUGAAUUUGAAAGAGGCUGCUAAGAGAGCAAGAGUGUUGAUGCAGGAGCUCGGAUUGGAUCAGGUGGCAGGUUCAAGGAUCGGUGAGGAAGGAUCCAACGGUGGCAUUUCCGGUGGGGAGAGGCGUAGGGUUUCGAUUGGAGUUGAAUUAGUCCAUGACCCGGAUGUUGUUUUGAUUGAUGAACCAACUUCCGGGUUGGAUUCAGCAUCAGCACUUCAUGUGGUGUCAUUGCUCAAAUCAAUGGCUGUUCAUCAAGUUAAGACAAUUGUGCUAACCAUUCAUCAACCCGGUUUUCGGAUCCUCGAGCUGUUGGAUCGGCUUGUUCUGCUCUCCAAUGGAUUUGUCCUUCAUAAUGGUUCCUUGAAACUUCUUGAAGAGAGGCUCAAGUUUGCUGGUCAUUCCCUUCCUCCCCACAUCAAUGUGCUCGAAUUCGCCAUUGAUGUCACAGGAAGCUUGAUCAUACAAACUUCAGAAACUCUCAACAACCAGUUUUUACUCAAGAACAAUGAAGAAGAUCACAGAAUUGAAGACAAGCAUGUCUCCUACAAAAAUUCUCCAUUGGAGGAGGUCCUAGUACUAGGUCAAAGAUUCUGCAAAAAUGUAUUCAGAACUAAGCAACUUUUCGCUACGAGGAUUAUACAAGCAACAGUAGCUGGAUUAAUCCUUGGAACCAUUUUCAUGAAUGUUGGUGAUGAUAAAGGGCAGGUGGCUUUACAAACCCGGACCGGGUUCUUCGCUUUCAGCCUCACCUUCUUGCUAUCUUCCACAACCGAAGGCCUGCCCAUAUUCCUGCAAGAGAGAAGAAUCCUAAUGAGGGAGAUCUCAAGAGGAGCUUACAGAGUAUCUUCUUAUGUUAUGGCAAACACCCUUGUUUUCUUACCUUUUCUAUUGAUGGUUAGUCUUCUCUACACCACACCAGUUUACUGGCUAGUUGGUCUGAGGCGCGAUUUCGAUGGCUACCUCUACUUUGCUCUGGUGGUUUGGAUGGUUGUCUUGAUGUCGAAUUCAUUCACUGCGUGUUUCAGUGCUCUGGUGCCAAACUUCAUCAUGGGGACAUCAGUGAUUGCCGGGUUGAUGGGUUCUUUCUUCCUGUUUUCCGGGUACUUCAUAUCGUCGUCAAACAUUCCCAAUUACUGGAUUUUCAUGCAUUACUUGAGCUUGUUCAAGUACCCAUUUGAGUGUUUCAUGAUAAAUGAAUAUGGGGGUGAAGGGAGGAGAAGAUGUAUACAAGUUGAAGGAGGUGAUUGCAAGUUGUAUGGUGAAGGGUUCUUGAGGCAGCAAGAUCUCAAGGAUUCACAGAAAUGGAGCAAUUUAGCUGUGAUGUUGGGCUUCAUCAUUGGUUACAGAGUGCUCUGCUUUCUGAUAUUAUGGUAUAGAUGUUACAGAAUCAGAAACUAGAUUUUCCCUUUUCUUUGCUUAGCCAAAAGCAGAAGAAUUAUUUUAUUCAUGUUUUAACCUUGAUGCAUUCUAAUUUCUGAACUGUUUUCUCUGCUCCCUGUGAUACACUAUGUAAUUUAAAUCAUAUAGCAGAUUUUGCU